CCAUCCGCCAUCUUUGUAACCGAGUUUAUGGACGGUGUUGUCUACUGAGUGUUUGAAAAAUUAAGUGGAUUUUUCCCGUGGUAGUUUGCUUAAUUUACCAUUAAAUUCGUGUAAAUCGUGCACCAAGUGACCAAGGAGUUGAUAUUGGAAAUUGUCACAAGGUAUUACUUUGAAUUUAUGUGUGAAAAGUUAAUUUUAAAAGAGCGUCUUUUGUUGCUCAGAGUCUGCAAGCCAACAUUUCCCUGAAAGUUUGAGCAUGAACCCAAGAAAAGCGGGGUGUACUUGCAAAAUUUGCACACUUGUCCUAUCACGGUGGCAAAUUAAGGUCAUAGCAUUGGCUCUAAAAAAGUGUAUUUUAUGCGAAUUGGCACCACCGAUACUGUCUAAAUGCAAAAAGGUUCCGGGCGUGUGAUGUGGUGGAAACGUAAAGUGCAAUUCUGUGGCCAUCAUCUGCAGAAAUGUGGCACUUUUCCCCAAUAAUUCGAUAAGGGAUGUAUAAAAUUGCUCUAUUGGCAGAAUAUUUUUGUUCUCUACUUAAAUUCUAUCCUUAUGUUGCAUUGCAAAUGUCUCAUCCCCUAGCCAUUUGGGUCUUUGUUUUCUUCACUUGUUCGCAUCCAAAUCGGGGCCUAUCUGAAGGGGACGCCUUUUUACGUUUCUCAGAUGCGCUUUGUUUGCGUCCUGUCAAUCAUGGCUGAAUAUUACAAGUUCCAGAAUUUAUUGAUAAAAGAAUAUCAAAUUUUCCUAGUAACAUUAAAAUAUUGCCCCAAAGUUUACCACCAAAACUCAUUUCAUGAUGCCCUAAUGCAUCCCAUGAGAAUGGUCCAAAAAAUCAUUUUUUUUCUCUCUUCACAUCCAUUCAAUGUCGAGACGCUAAAAUAAAAUUUAAAAAAAAUGGAUUAUACUUUCUAUUUUUGCCAGUCGCGAAAAUUCUCUCUUUUUCGACCAUGUAGAAAAUUAGUCGUCUCGCCACUGAAACACCUUCAUCUUCUCUCUUGUGAGCCAUUUUGAGACCCUCUCUUGCGCCUUUUGCUCACUCGUCUGUGCGUGUGUGCCUCUUCGGCAGAGAGAAUGGCCGCAUGAAGAAGCAGAUGCAAAGUUUUGUUUUUUUUUUUUUCUUUUUGGGAGAAAACUUCCAAUUUGCAAAAUCACCGCCGCGAGAGCGAGACGCAGAUUGAGAAGGACACAUUCUCUGUGUUAUUGACCGCUUCAUUGUGAUUUCACGAGACAAGCGAGACGCAAAAACAGCAGCGAGGCAACACCGCCAAAACUCAUUGAGUCUCCCGCUCGUAUCUCCCCCACUUGAGCUCUCUCUACCUAGCGUGGCUCACUGCGACAUUUGGUAUGCCAUGAGAUGCACAUGGCAUGGCUCAAACAAAUUUUUUUAGCCGGUAUUCAUUUGGUAAAGUCAAAUCAGGAAAAGUCGUAAACAAGGAUUUCUUCGGACAUUUCGUCUGGCAAGACCUUUUGGACAAUUUAAACUUACCCCAUUACCCGGGGUCGUAUUAUCUUGAAAAGUGUCUUUUGUGUAGGUAGAGUCAAGAAAAAUUCGCAGGUAGGCGACUCCUUGAACUCGUGUCUUCUGAGUAACUAACGAUGUGUAUGAGUCAUGUACCUUGUCCUAAGUGUCCGAAACAUUCACUUGGUCAUUCAUGUAUUAACACAUUGGUCACACAGUUUAUUCUUUAAGAAAACUUCUGUCGGACUUUAAAAUAAUAAAGCCCGACUUACUAGGGAAAAAAAGUAUUAAACAGUCUAAAACGGUAACGUUAUAGAGCGCUGAUCUAGUUACAACUUUUGUGGUCAAAAGACUUUAAUUUUAUUAACAAAAAGUAUGUUUACACACUACUCCAUAAAUUAAUCAUGUCCAAAAUAUUUUUAAUUUAAAAUUUCAAAAGAAAUAUUUUUUAUUUAUGUCAAUUUAUAAAAAAUAAUGUGUUAUGCUAUCUGAAUCAGCAAUUGCGCUAAAUAGCCAAUAAAAAUUGCAAUGUGUGUUUUUUUUUGACAACAAUUUCCUAUUGACUUUCAUUUUAAAGAAAAUUCAAAAUAUAUUUUUUUUAAUAUUGUUUGAAAAUACAUUAACAAAUAUUAAAGCUAAGAAAGAGAAAGAGAGGGGUUUAAUUAUGUUCCUGAGAGAUACAAACACACCGUAUCGCAGUUAAAGGUAAACGGCGUAUGUUUGGCCGCCGCCUGUUUAUGUCAAAAUAGCCGGCCGCUAUCGUAGUGGUGUUGUAGAUUGAGCAUAAUAAAAAUGCUCAACAUUCGGCUAUUCUAGCGCGCUUCGUGACGUCAGAUCAAUGACCUGCUUUUCCCCUGCUUUGAUACUGCCUGCCUGUUUAAUAUAUACUACCUUCUACUAUGUACUAGGCAAAGUUGUGGCUGUCUCACUCCAAUCCAUUUUGUAUAGCCAACAGAAUAGAGAUGUUUGUACGUAGCAAGUGUGAAAAGGAGAGAAAUGCUUCAUGUUUUGUUUUCUCUCGCCACGUGGAUCCUUGGUGGAAGGACGCAACACAAGGGUCACGUUGAGUUUUGGAGGUUAAUUGGGGGUGUCUGGAUAAUUUUCCACAAGUCGUGCAAUCAGUAUUAUAAGUAAAAAUCUCCAAUAAGUGUACAUUAAAUUAAUUAAAAAUGCGUGGUUUGUUGUCUCCUUCUCUAUAUAAUAUUAUGGGUGAGUUAAAUCCCACUCUCGUGGCUUUUUUUACUGCAUAAAAAAAAAUAAGGAGAAAAUUUCACGAGACAACACUAUUUUGUGUUGUAUUGAAGCUUGAGAGAUCAGUCUGUCUUUGAAGUUUGUGGUGUAUCGUCCGCGGAGGAAUUUUACUUGGUUAUUUCUUUACCUAACACAGCUCUCACCCACAAAUUUCUUUCAUAGUCUAUUUAUUUUUAUAAUCUAUUUUAACUAAGAUCUUGCAACAGUGGUCAAAUAGAAUUGAAUUAGGAAAAAAAGAGGAAACUAACAAAGAGAGAUUGCAUUUCAUUUUCUUCUUUAUCACGUAUUUGUGGUGUGAUUUUGAGUGAAUUACUGAGUGACGACAAAUUGUUUUGUCUAGUUGAGUUUUUCAAUAUUUUUCGUUUACAAAAAAAAAACAUUAAUAGGAAGAAAUUAUCAUAAUGUGGAUUAUAUUUUACGGAUUAGUGGAGAUUAUACUCUAUUUUUGGUUUAUUUUCAUAGCCCUCGAUAUGUUUGAGCUGUAUAUUGUUGGAGGGAGUUCUUCAAGAAAUAGAAGAAGACGCUACCGUCACGGGUACCCAUCGACGAGUCAUUUGCUUGAAUAUCUGGCACGUUUGCCUGCAACACAAUCACCACUUUUGGAUGGACGUAUCCUAAGGCAUGCAUUAAGGAAUGGACAAUCUAUAAAUACAAUCGUGCAACAAACUCAUCAAGAAAAUAGAGGACAUUUGUAGCCUUUAAACGUGCAUCUUGCAGUUGGAGCAUUUAGAGUUUUAUUUUCAAGGAGAAAUUACAAAGAAAAUUCAGUGAUAAGAGAAGAAGUAUUGACAUAUUUUAAAGCUCAUUGCAAACAACAAAUUGCUAACAAACACACACACAUACAUUCACUAUCAAAGUAGUGAUAAUAUUCUUAAAAAAAAAGAAUCUCAAACAGUGUCGAUCAUUGACGUAGAACAAGUAGAAUUGCAUAAAACAAGUUUACUUUUUUUUCUACAACAUUGAAAGUUAGUGAGAUUUAAUAGUGGUGAUUUGUCCUUGUCCUUGUCACACUGUGUGUUGUCAAUUAGCGCUGCAUUGAGCAAGUCUGAAAGAUGUUUUCAUUCCACAAACCAAAAGUCUACCGUUCAACACAAGGAUGCUGCAUCUGCAAAGCCAAAUCAAGCAGCUCUCGAUUCACGGACUCAAAGAAGUACGAGACAGAUUUUAUUGAGUGCUUCCAAUUGACUGCUCCACGAAAGGGAGAAAUCUGCAAUGCAUGUGUACUUCUUGUGAAGAGAUUCAAGCGCCUUCCACCAGGAAGUGAACGUCACUGGGGUCAUGUGGUGGAUGCACGUGUUGGUCCGGGUCUCAAAUCAAUGACAAAAUUCAAGAAACGCAAGGAAGAGUCGCUUCAGCAGCAGAAGGAGCUAAAGGUCAAAGAUACAAAGACAAAUGGUGGGGAGAGUACACAACGGAUGGGGACUGCUCAGAGAUUUUGUAAGAUCUUCAAGAAGAACAAAAAGAAAAAGACUACGAAUGGGGAGAGGGUAAAUGGAAACGGGAGCCAUGGGUCAUCUGAUGAUAUUUCUUCACCAUCGAGCCCAUUAUCCUACGGAAGUGAUGGGGAGGAAACCGUGAAGGCACGUAAGAAGGCAGCCAUGGGGAGUUUCGAUAAUCUCAAGAAUUUCGUUACAAAUGAAUUCACCAUUGGAUACAAGGUGGCAAAUAUCGGACGGAGAACAUUAUUGCGGAAAAAAUAUUUCCCAAUGCAGAAUCAGAAGACAAAAAUGGUGGGUAUUCUCAAUGAAAUUCAAGAAGAUGGGACAUGGGCUAAAGUACAAAUGUGCUGUGGGCCUGUAUUUGAGAACAAAGAUCUCUCAUCUAUCAUUGUCAAUGAGACUGCAAUGCAAAUUUGCACUGAUCACCAGGCUGAACAAAUAACUGCAGUGACUUCCCCAAAGAAGGUGCCUGGAAGUUUGAGUGCGCUCAAGAAGCAUCAUUUAUUCUCAAAAUUGAGACCAAAUCUCAUGGAAUUUGCCACACUCACGACAAAUUUGGGGCAAACAAAACCCACGGAAGAGGCAAAGUUUCGCCAAUUGAGUUGCUCAACCCUUCCCGCGAGUGCAAAUGCCCUGAGUAAAAUACGAGAACCGGGGAAGUUGACAAAAGGUAAAGAUUACAACUUCGUGAAGAAUAUCGUGAAGCUGUGCAAUGAAUCAAAGAUACCAAGUAAAGUGAAGACUCUUGAAAAGAUCUUGAGUGCCACGGAGAAUCUCGGCAAUAAAUUUAGUGAUAAUUCCUCAGAUUCUGGGUAUGAGGAAUUACCCAAUUUGGAAGCGAAGAAUAUAAUGAUCACAUCGAAUGCACGAAAUAAUGUUCUUCCAAAUGGCAUGAUUAUUGGAAUGAAUCAAAUAGCUCUACCACAGACUCAGGCAAUUUCAUCAACUGUUUUCAAAAGAUCCCCUGGGAGGAUACACACUGAACGCGUGGAAACAGUCAUCUAUGCACGAACGGCUCCAUCAAUAAGAAAAAAUGAAGUGAGGAAUGCACUAAAUUGAGAUAAAUCAACAUUCUAAAGAAUAGAUGUUUUUACCUUCACUUGCGUGAGCAUGAAAAAUGAGUCUCAAAAUUUUUUAAACAAAAUAAUCAACAUUUAUACAUACAUAAAAAAUUUUACACACUUUUAUCUAAUUCAGUAUUUUUUUUUAUUAUUUUUGUGUUAUUAAUAGAAAAUAAAAUAAUAAAUAAUUGUAUUUAUAUGAUAAUAGAACGAAAUGAUUAACACAAGCGUAA